AUGUCGAAUGCAAAAGUGGUGCUUGAGCCUGCAUUUCAAGGAGCUGGCCAUAAACCAGGAACAGAAAUAUGGAGGAUCGAGGAUUUCAAGCCAGUCGCUUUGCCAAAAUCAGAUUAUGGCAAAUUCUACUGUGGAGAUUCAUAUAUAGUUCUGCAGACGACCUGUAAAGGAGGUGCUUAUAUUUUUGACAUCCAUUUCUGGAUCGGCAAAGAUUCUAGCCAGGAUGAAGCUGGAACUGCCGCGAUUAAGACGGUUGAACUUGACAGCAUGCUCGGGGGUCGUGCGGUACAGCACAGGGAACCACAAUGCUACGAGUCUGAUAAAUUCCUUUCGUAUUUUAAACCCUGCAUCAUACCCAUGGAGGGUGGUUUUGCUUCUGGGUUUAAGAAGCCAGAAGUGGACAAGUUUGAAAUACGGCUAUAUAUUUGCAAAGGGAAGAGAGCUAUCAGAGUCAAAGAGGUUCCCUUUGCUCGUUCAUCAUUGAACCAUGAUGAUGUCUUUAUCUUGGAUACUGAAAAUAAAAUAUUUCAAUUCAAUGGUGCAAACUCCAACAUUCAAGAAAGAGCCAAGGCGUUGGAAGUGAUCCAACAUUUAAAGGAGAAAUACCAUGACGGAGUGUGUGCUGUUGCAAUUGUUGAUGAUGGGAAAUUGCAAGCAGAAUCAGAUUCAGGAGAAUUCUGGGUCCUUUUUGGAGGUUUUGCGCCAAUAGGGAAAAAAACAAUAAGUGAUGAUGAUGUUGUUCUUGAAACUACACCACCAAAGCUUUUCAGUAUCGCUAACGGUCAACUGAAGUUAGAAGACACUGCUCUUACAAAAUCAAUUCUGGAGAACACCAAAUGCUUUUUACUUGACUGUGGGGCUGAGCUAUUUGUGUGGGUUGGUCGGGUAACACAGGUAGAAGACAGGAAAGCUGCCAGUGCGGCAGUUGAGAAAUUCAUUAUUAAAGAAAAUAGACCAAAGACAACAAGAAUAACUCAAGUGAUUCAAGGUUAUGAGAAUCAUACAUUCAAGUCUAAGUUUGAGUCAUGGCCAGUAAGUAGCACGGCAGGGAGUGCCAGCACAGAGGAAGGCCGAGGGAAAGUUACAGCACUCUUGAAGCAGAAGGGUGUCGAUGUCAAAGGAAUCACAAAAACUAGUGUGCCAGUAAAUGAUGAAGUUCCUCCUUUGUUAGAUGGCGGUGGAAAGCUUGAGGUUUGGUGUAUUAAUGGCAGUGUGAAGACUGCUCUUCCAAAGGAAGAACUUGGAAAAUUCUACAGUGGAGACUGUUAUGUUGUUCUCUACACUUAUCAUUCUGCUGACAAAAAAGAAGAGUUCUAUCUAACUUAUUGGAUUGGGAAAAAUAGUGUACAGGAAGAUCAAGAGGCGGCUUUUCAAAUAGCUAAUACAACUUGGAAUUCUUUGAAAGGAAGACCUGUCCUGGGUCGUAUUUAUCAAGGAAAAGAGCCGCCACAAUUUGUUGCUCUUUUCCAACCAAUGGUUAUUCUUAAGGGUGGUACUAGCUCUGGUUAUAAGAAAUUUAUAGAAGAGAAGGGUCUGAAAGAUGAAACAUAUUGUGCUGAUGACGUUGCUCUCAUUCGAAUUUCUGGAACAGCAGUUCAUAACAAUAAAACACUUCAAGUUGAUGCGGUCCCAACAUCCUUGAGUUCCACGGAUUGUUUUGUUUUGCAAACUAAAAACUCGAUGUUUUUAUGGAAUGGAAAUUCAAGUUCUUUUGAACAACAACAGUGGGCUGCUAAAGUUGCUGAAUUUCUGAAGACCGGUGUUGCUGUCAAACAUUGCAAGGAGGGCACUGAGAGCUCUAUUUUCUGGUCUUCUAUUGGUGGAAAGCAGAGUUAUACAAGUAAAAAUGCUGCACCUGAUGCUGUUAUUAGAGAGCCUCAUUUGUAUACCUUCUCUCUUAGGAAUGGGAAGCUGGAGGUUACUGAAGUUUUCAAUUUUUCACAAGAUGAUUUGUUGACCGAAGAUACGAUGAUACUUGAUACACACUGUGAGGUUUUUGUUUGGAUGGGUCAGUGUGUGGAGACAAAAGAAAAACAGAAAGCAUUUGACAUUGGCCAGAAAUACGUACAACAUGCCAUGGCCUUUGAAGGUAUUUCUCCUGAUGUGCCUCUCUAUAAAGUCAAUGAAGGGAAUGAACCUUGCUUCUUCAGGACAUACUUCUCCUGGGAUAACACACGAUCAGUGAUUCAUGGAAACUCUUUUGAGAAGAAACUUUCAGUUCUUUUUGGAAUGCGUUCAGAGGGUGGAAAUAAGGGCUCAUCAGGUGAUGGUGGGCCAACUCAAAGGGCAUCAGCCUUGGCAGCUCUUUCAUCUGCAUUGAAUCCAUCGUCACAAGGAAAACAGUCAGAUGAGAGGCCCACAAGCUCAUCAGGUGACAGCGAGCAUAGCCAACGUGCUUCAGCAAUGGCUGCCUUGUCCUCUGCCCUUAAUACAUCGUCAAAACCCAGCAGCACACAAUCUCAUUCAGGCCAAGGGUCUCAAAGAGCCGCUGCUGUUGCAGCACUGUCCAAUGUUUUGACUGCAGAGGGAUCUCACAGCCCCCUCCACAGUAGGUCGUCUCCCACAGCAGAUGCUGAGAAGACUGAAUUAGCUCCUGCUUCUCCCCAUCAGUUAGAAACAGGGCCUGAAGAUGUCCGAACAGAGCCUGAUGUCUCACAGGAACAAACUGCUAACGAAAAUGGAGGCCAGACGACCUUUAGCUAUGAACGCUUGAUAUCAAAGUCCACUGACCCUGUUAGUGGGAUAGACUACAAGCGCAGAGAGACAUAUUUGGUGGACAGUGAAUUCGAAACCGUAUUUGGUAUGACCAAAGAGGAAUUCUACGAGCAGCCAAGGUGGAAGCAAGAGUUGCAGAAAAAGAAAGCCGAUCUUUUCUGA